GUGACAGCAGCUGAGUGCAAAGGUUUUAUAUUCAUUUUAGGAUCCCAGAGACAAAAGGACAAGAGGAGACAGGAGCAGAAAGAAGUGUGGAGGAGACAGAGCUGCAAACAUGGAGCAGGAUAAAGUCGUGGAGAGUGUUAAACAAAAGCUUAAAGAGCAUCUCCAGGAAAAGUUUACCUGGAUAAAUGAGGGCACAUCAGAUAAUCGGUCUCGAUUUAACAGCGUCUACACAAAACUCUACGUCACUCAGCAGGUUCAGGAUUUUGGUUCCAGACCACAUGAGAUUCUUGAUCACUUUAAUGUCCCACAUCAGCAGUCAUCGUUUUCACAGGUGAACAAUAAACAGAUCGAUUUCUUAAAUAUCUUUAAACCAGGAAGAAUUCAACAACAACCAACAAGAGACAAGACAAUCCAAAGAGUGAUGACGAAAGGCAUCGCUGGCAUUGGAAAGACGAUUGCUGUCCAAAACUUUGCUCUAAGCUGGGCAGAAGGAAAAUCUAACCAGCACAUUGAUUUCAUCUUUGUGCUCCCCUUUAGAGAGCUGAACAUGCUCAGAGAUGCCGACUACAGUCUGCUGCAGCUUCUCCUUCACUUCUACCCUGAAAUAAAACCCCUAGAAGCUACACAACAGCUUGUUCACAAGCAAGUGCUGUUCAUCUUUGAUGGUUUGGAUGAAAGCAGAUUUCCACUGGACUUUGAUGGAGCUGUGAGAAUAAGUGAAAUAGAUCGAAGAUCAACAGUUGAUGUGCUGCUGACCAACCUCAUCCAAGGCAACCUGCUGCCUCGCGCUCUGCUCUGGGUAACAUCCAGACCUGCAGCUGCCAGUCAGAUACCUUCUAAAUACAUUGACCAGAUGACAGAAGUCCAAGGUUUCACUGAGCAACAAAAAGAGUCAUACUUUAGGAAGAGAUUCAGCACUGCUAAUCAGGCAGAAGAAAUCCUGUCUCGUCUUAGAGGAAUGAUCAGCUUCUAUUUCAUGGGCCAUAUCCCAGUGUUUUGCUGGAUCAUCGCUGAGGUGUUUAGGAAAGGAUGGAGUGAUGAGAGGAGCCGCGGCAUCACAACGAUGACAGAGCUGUACAUUUAUUACUUACUAAUUCAAACACAAAGAACGAGACAGAAAUAUGCAGGGAAAAGCUCCAAGAAGAGGUCCAAACAGAAGAAGUCUCAAGCCCAGAACUCUGCCAUGCUUUUGAACUUGUCCAAGUUGGCAUUUGAACAGCUGCAGAAAGGAAACAUCAUAUUCUAUGAAGAGGACCUCACAGAAAGUGGCAUCGAUGUUGGUGAAGCAUCAGUGUUUUGUGGAUUUUGCUCAGAGAUUCUUAAGGAAGAACGAGGCCUGUACAAGAAGAAGAUGUUCAGCUUUGUGCAUUUAAGCUUUCAGGAGUUUCUUGCAGCUCUCUACAUGCACCACUGCAUCCUGACGGACAACUUCAGUACUUUGAAGUCUUUCCUGGGUGUCGACCCAACAGAUCUGAGCUUUCUGGAUUUGCAGAAAAAGGUUGUGGAUAAAGCCUUGCAAAGUGAGAAAGGUCAGUUAGAUCUGUUUCUGUGUUUCUUCCUUGGAUUUUCUCUGGAGUCCAAUCAAACAGUGCUGCAGGGUUUACUGCCACAGGUAAAGAGCAGCUCGGACACCACCGAAGAGAUGAAGGUAUACCUGAAGAAUUUCCAUGUCAAAGACAUCCCACGAGAGAGGUACAUGAACCUUUUCCUCUGCAAGUUUGAGCUGAAGGAAGAGAGAUUUCAGGAUGACAUCAGAAUGUAUCUGGAUUCAGGAGCGAGACUCUCGACCAUCGACUGUGCAGUACUGUCGACCGUGAUGCAGAUAUCAGGGGAAGUGCUUGAGGAACUUGAUCUGACAAAUUCUGUCACACCGAUUAUUGGGACUGAGAAACUUAUCCAGCAAAUGAAGAACUGCAAGAAGGCUGUACUCAUGAACGAUCAGUUAAGCAAAGGCUGCUUCGACGUGCUCCUGUCUGUACUUCAGUCAGCGGACUCUUGUUUAACAGAGCUCAGCCUGGUGUAUUUUUCUAACGUCAGUGAUGGUUUUCCUUCUGAUCUCUUUGCUGGACUGGAAGGUCCUGACUGUAAACUGGAGACACUGAGGUUAUCUGGGUUCUCUCUAGACUGUAGCGACUGUCACAGACUGGUUUCUGUCCUUCGAUCAGACCCGUCACCUCUGACGGCACUUCAUUUGAUUAACUGCUUAUGCAGUUAUUCAGAGGAUUACAGUGGAUAUUGUACAAAUGACGUGAAGACCACUGGAAACCGUGGAGAUUUCAGUGAUGAGUCACACCUGCUGACUGUGAUUCCUUCUGCUUUGAUUGGUCCAGUCUGUAAACUGGAGCGGUUCAGCAUGCCUGGUUGUUUCCUGAAAAAUAACUGCUGGCAGGUGUUUGCCUCCGUUCUCAGCUCUAACUCCCAGCUGAGAGAGCUUGACCUCAGCCGCAACGACCUGAAGGAUCUAGGUGUGCAGCUGCUGUCUGUUGGACUUGGGAGUUUAAACUGUAGCCUGGAAACACUGAGGCUGUCAUGUUGUGGGAUCACAGAGGAAGGUUGUGUCUCUCUGGCCUCAGCUCUGAAGUCCAACCCCUCCCACCUGAGAGAGCUGGACCUGAGCUACAACCAUCCAGGCGUGUCAGGAGUGAAACUGCUGUUGGAGCGACUGGAAGACCCAGAAUGUAGACUGGAAACGCUCAAUGUGGACCACAAUGAAGAGCACUGGGUCGACCCACAGCUUCUGAACAAGUAUGCCUGUGAUCUCACAUUCGACCCCAACACUGUGAAUAAACAGCUGCUUCUGUCUCAGUGCAACAAGAGCGUGAGCUACACUCAUGAACAGCAGUCGUAUCCUGAUCAUCCAGAGAGAUUUGACCAAACCAGUCAGGUGCUGUGUCGAGAGGCUCUGACUGGGCGCUGCUACUGGGAGGUGGACUGGGAAGCGUUUGUGAAUAUUGGUGUUGCAUAUAAGAGCCUGCCGAGGAAGGGACGCUGGGACAUAGAAAUUGACUGUAGUGACAGAAGCUGGUGUUUCAGCAUCACCUCGGUGAAGGGUUACUCCUUCCGACACAACCUUAAGGAAACCUUUAUACGGGUCCCUCACGUUGACAUCCAAGCCUUCCUGGUCACUCCAAAGAGACUGGGACUGUUUCUGGACUGGCCAGCCGGCACUCUGUCCUUCUACUUGGUGUCUGACGACACAAAAACUCUCAUUCAUACCUUCCACACCACGUUCAGCGAGCCUCUCUACCCAGCAUUCACGGUUCGUUUAGGAUCCUCUUUGACCCUGUGCAGGGUGGUGAAGAUGGAAACUACUCGUUCAAGCUUCACACCUGAGAUGAGCAAAGGAAGAACAGGCAUUUCAUACAGGUUCCUGUUUCCCGGUCCAGGGUUGUUCCAGUGUUCUUUGACUGGUCUGGUCUUUGAUGUGACUCGUGAGAGUGAGGUCACCUACAAGACUCUGAUCUGGGAUCCUCUGGUCCUCCAACCAGCGCACAAAGUGGCCGGAGGCCCGUUGUUCGGCAUCGAGUGUCCUCAGGACUCUAUACGUCAGCUGCACCUCCUACACUGUGAGCCUGAGCCGGCACUGGUCUCUGACAGCAUCUCUGUGGUCCACAUCACGGAUGAUGGCAUGAGCAUCAUACAGCCUCUGGAGAUCACUGAGACUCACGUGGUCGUGGACGUCCCUCACCUCUCCGCCUUUGGCCUCGUCUGGGAUCUCGUUGAGCGGUUUUUCAAUUACAUGACGAAACCCGUUCGUGGCCAAGUCCUGCUCUUCCUGAGAAACAGGCCACGCCCCAUCCUCAGUGUGAUGCUGCUCCCAGGAAACGUCCCUCUGCACGACGUGAAAGUGCAGCACGCUGCUUCAGAGUACAUCGAAGCGCCGUCCUUCUGUUAUUUCCACAAAGGUCAAAAGUACAGUCUGAGCAGCGCCCCGCACGACUUUAAAAUACAGCCUGCACGUGCAGAGUUUUUUGAAAAUUACGGACCAAAUUACCACCCGACCUUUGAGAUCAUCCUGACAACGAACGCAGAGGAAGUGAUGCUGAUGGUGCAAGAUCCCGAGGAGACACGAGUGUGGGAGCACGACCUUCGUCUGCCCGCUUCAUCCUCGGCUGACUCUCCAGGUGGAAGUCCUCUUCAGAUGGGGAACAGCGCCUCAGCAGAGAAGCUGCGACUCGCUCGCACAAACUUCAUCGAUAAAGUGUCGAAUCCGGUUCUGAACAAGCUGCUGGACGAGCUGCAGCACGUCACCGUGCUAACUGAUGCUGAGGGCGAAGCGGCCAGAGCCAAACCGAGAGACGAGAAAGCUCGAGACCUGAUCGACAUGGUGCGAAAGAAAGGAGCUGAAGCAAGUUCAAAAAUGAUCGCCGUCUUUUACGCCAACGAUCCGUAUCUGUGCAAAGAGCUCGGCUUACUGUGAAGCACAAAUCUGUGAUGAUCACAUGCACGUAGACAUGAGGUUCGAGGCAAAAAAGAUUUAGCUUCCAUGUAAAAGUAGCUAAAAGUUUGUCUUCUCUGUUUCUAACACUUAUUUUGGGGAGUUUGAGUCUUUAUUGGACACGACGCUCGUCUUCAGCUCGCAGCAUCAACACUGAGCAUCAUCACCUAACUGUGGCUGAGAAAUAAAGUCAGCUGCUCACUGACGUCACCAAAGAACCGGCUCCGAGAACAGCACCGACUCCACAUAAGGAUAGAAACUGGCACUGAUGCGGCUUCAGAGCAUGGCCUGUGAUCAAGUGUGCACUUUUUGCAAUAAACUCGAUUCCAUCAUGUUUUUACUUAUUUAAAUUUGUAAUUAUUUAUAUAUUUCCGUUUGAUUAUUUUUAUUGAAGUUGAAACUAAUACACAA